AUGCCUUACCAUCUAAAGCAUUUGAACGCAUUAAAUGAACUCGAAUUUUGUGCGAAGGAAUUAGAUGGACGAAAUUAUUUUUUAAGCAAUCCAUUUUUUAUCACAUGCGUCAUUAUCUUUUUACAACAAUCCUAUGAAUCAGUCGUGGGUGAUUCCUUGCAUACUGAUAUCAUUACCAUCUUUUUCAUGUCGCAGUAUCCACAACCUAAACCGUCUCCAUUGACAAGAGCGAAACGAACAGAUCUAAGUUCACCCGAUUUUAAUUACUCAUCGGAGUCGUUAUCUGAUGAAGCCCAUGCACCAGCACCCACCAUAAAUCCUCUACCAAAUAUCUCAGCUGAUACAAAGAAAAGCAAAGAAAAAAAAGCGUCAGUAUCUGAAUCGGACGAACAAUCUGCUGCUAUAACAACGCCGACAAAGAAAAAAGAAUUAUUAUUGAACUAUGUUAAUGGUGUUUUGUCAAAAUAUAAUAAACACCAUAAAUCGAAUGGUAGUCCACGAGGUGAUAGUAGAGUACGAAUAGAUCCUAAACAGAUUAAAGUUGGACAAGAUGGCCGUGAUUAUGGAAGUCAGUCAGCGUUUGAUCAUUAUUAUUUAAAUGAACCAACGAAAAUUGAUGAAAACGAUUUCGAUGCAGAUGAAGAACACCGAACAACUCCUAUCAUGCACAAUCUGUCUAAUGGCCAACCAGAAGUGACUUUUGAUCCUGAUCCAGUUGUCGAAAAACGUGCAAGUAAAGAUCAAACAUAUAAACAACGUGUCUAUUUGCGACAAUUACAACCUCCUACACCGACUCCAAUCGAAGUUCAAAUACAAGAAGUUCUCAUUAAAUCUGAAGUACAACUUCCUCCAAUACAUGUACGAAUAGCAGCACGUGAACCGCGAACACCAUCACCCAUUCUAAUCAAGAGUGAUCCACCUCGAGCACCAUUGUCUAAACCAGAACAGGAUGUUAUCUUUACUAAAUACGUACCUGGUCCAAAAUCGACACCGCAACAGAUUAUUAUUCAUCGGUAUCCCGAUAUGCCACCAAAACCAAAACCUAUUAUUGUUGAACAAUGGUUACCUUAUAAACCAGCAGCAAAACGUAUUAUUAAUCGUUUGUUACCACGCGAAACAUUAGUAUCCCCGCCACGCCCUCGAAAUAUAAUCAUAUCCUACUCCAAACCACAUGUUAUAAUCGAACUUGAAUUGAUUCGUCUUCCCGUGGUCACAAUUGACCCACAUGAAUAUCAACAAACGACAAAUCUAUUCGAUUAUCGAUCAAUAGUAAAUGCUAAAUCAACAUCAGACGAUCUCCGUUGGCGCAUAUGA